AGCACCAACAACAACCUUGUGACAUCGGGACCGAGGGCAGACAUCCACAAUAGGCAAUUCAGGAAGCCGCGGCGUGUCAGUCGAAGCAGGGAAUUGGCUCCUUUGGCUUGGUCGCUGUGGUGGCAAGCGCGGAUCGUUGCCGGAAAGUCGGUGGUGUCUUUGGAACAGCAGCGAGAACAUAGGAAAGCAACGACGGAGGUGUAUUUGCCUCGCGAGCGGAUUCGGCAGCAGCUAGCAACGGAGCGCAUUGCAACAAGGCCCCCAGCAGCAGUGGCUUGAGCGCAUAUUUUCGGUAGGUUUCAUCGCCGAUCAUCAUGUCGAAACUAGCUGAGGGCGAGCAGCUCUUCGCUUCCUUCCGGGCCAGUGCGGAGAAGGGGGACAUCCAAAAGGCAAAGUCUUUGCUGACCCAGCUGAAGAUCCUGAUGACCACCUUCGACUCUCUCCCUCCAAUGGGCGCCGAGGGCCCAAACGCGGCUCGAGAGCGGACGCUAGCUCGGGACGUGAUGGAGGUGGCGGUGUUUCUGAGCGCGCGAGAGGGGGACAGCGACGCGUUUCAGCGCCACAUGGCUCAGCUGAAACCGCUGUGUAUGGACUUCGUGUCCCAGCUGCCUCCCUCACCGAACCAGAGCGCGGUGCUGGGCCUGAACUUGCUAUUCCUCCUUGUAGAGAACCGUCUUGCGGAAUUCCACUCUGAGCUGGAGCUGAUGGGAGACGCGGAAAGGGCGAGCGAGUGCGUGAUGUUUCCCGUGCGACUCGAGCAGUUCUUGAUGGUUGGCAGCUACGAUCAGGUGCUCGCGGCACGAGACCACGUCCCACACGAGUACUACAAGUACUUCUUGGAGUCGUUGCUGGGCACCGUUAGGGAUGGGAUCGCCGAGUGCAGCGAGGCGGCGUACUCGGAGCUUUCCAUCGCCGAGGCCCAGAAGAUGCUUCGCAUGGACCAGCGGUCCGAGCUGGAGGCCUUCGUGGCCGACAAGUACCCGGAGUGGGAGCUGACGGCGGACAAGAUAAUCUUCAAGGCCCCCGAGGCCUGCAAGAAGUCGGCCGAGAUCCCCUCCAUGCGACUCAUCGCGGAGUGUUUGUCUUACGCGACGGAGCUCGAGCGGAUAGUUUAAAAAAUAAGAAGGCAGCGAGGGUCGGGCUGGCGGGGGAAGAGGUUGAGCCGAUGCAUACUACUGCUGCUGCUGUUUGAUGGCAAUGAAGCAUGCCUUGGUUUGGUUUUGUUCCAGUUUCGAAAUAGGGAAGUAUUCUAGUAUGUUCGGCGGUACAUUCCUGCUUCGGCAUUCUUUUUAUUGUUGUACCCAGCGGUCAUCAACUUUUUCGGGUUCUGCGAUUCCUCGAGGUGAACGAACCUCGGUGUCAGAGGUCACGUAGCUGUAGAAAGCACCACAGGCGGUGCCUGUAUCGCGCUCGGGUCAGAGACGGUUGUGUCCCGGGAGGCCGGAUGCGAAGGAAUCCGUUCUUGGCGAUAUAAAUCAUAUUUUUCCUCUGCCUGGAGGUUUGGGUUUGACCCUGGACAACAGCAGUGUCGAUAGUUUUACCUGAUGGCCUACUGAAGAUAAACUUGGUCUCGAAUUGUU